CUUUCCCUUCCGACCCAUCAUCCUUUCCCACUCUAUCCCUAUCCCCAUCCCCCUUCUAAUCCAAUCCAAUCCCUCCCAAUCCCAAUCCAUCCCCUCUCCCCUCCCUCUCAAAUCCAUUUUCCACACUAGUCCCAAUUCUUACUAACCUCCUUUACUUUUAGUGCACCCACCUUCUACUCUACUCUACCUUUCUUGACCUUGCACAUACUUACAUCCAUACAAUACAAUACUUCCCACUCUUCUCCCCCUUCCCCCAUCCACCAUCCCCCAUCCCCAAAUCAAGAUCCAUCAAUCAAUCAAUCAAUCAAUCCAGUCAUCCAUCUACAAUCCACCAGCCACGGAUUAAUUCAUCUUCGUUCCAUCAUCCCUUCUAUCCUUCUACCCUCCUAAGCUUGCGUCAAAGCUCCAAAAGUCGUUAUCCGCACCGUUCUAUACUCCUUCUGCAGUAUACAAAAACACAAACAGGCAUACCGCGCAUCACCCAUACAGAGAUACAGGCAUCUGCAUUUCACCACCACUACUACACCACUACUACACACUACACCACACCAAACAUACAGGCCCUGAUCCUCCUGUACUCCCACUCACAGACCACGACACGGUACCACCUGAUCCACCCAAAUAUACUACCAGUAUACCUCUCUCCUGCUCCUGCAACUCUACAAUCUCUACAUCUCUACAUCCUCUACUUCUUUACUUCUACUACUCUACUACUAUACUACUCUUGUUACUACUAUACAUCUCAACACACCUCGACACACUCUAACAACACUCUACGCGCUCUAUCCAACGAACAAUCCUCUUGUUUGCACUUAACAACUCACUCCUUGUCACUCAACCUCCGCCACGCGCCAAAGUGACCUUUGGCUUCUUUUCCAUCUUUAUAACCGGUCAAGUACCUCCAUUCACCUUUAACAACCAGAGAUAUGAGCAACAUCGGCUUGGCUCUGCCGAAUAACGCAUCCUCCAAACAUCGACAACACGAAGUCACUCAACCAAACCUCGCGCGCCAGACACCGACGCGUCCUCACCGCACGUCCGGUGUGCCGCAACACACCUACCCGAUACUCCCCCAGUACACCAUACCGGACGCCUACAGCCAUUCGAUGUCGAAGCGUAUGGACUUCGACCCGACGGGUCAGAUGGGCUACCCGCAGCCCCAGGGCAUGGGCAACCCAUAUCAGCAGCAGCAGCAGCAUCAGCAACAACAGCAGCAACAGCAGCAGCAACAACAACAACAACAACAGGCGGCCCAGCAACAGCAGCAGCUCCUCCCCCCGCCUGAGCACCUGUCCGCCUCGGCUGCCCGCAAGCGCCGCCUCCAGGCCCCGCUCAUCCCGCCGCAGCAGAGCCCCAACAUGCCCCUCCAACCCCCGCCAACCGCCGUGAUGGAGGAGCAGCAGCCCAUUAACGCUGCCCCGCCGCCCAUGCAGCCCCCGGCCAAGAAGAGCCGCACCAACACCCCCUGGACCGCCGCCGAGGAGCAGCGUCUCAAGAACAUGCGCGAGGCGGGCAACAGCUGGGCUGAGAUUGCAAAGACCUUCCCCAGCAGGACAGAGGGUAGUGUCAAGAAGCAUUGGUACAAGGACAUGCAUUAUGCGGAGUUUGCCGAAGAUGAGCAGAGCGCCGCGCUCUUGAAUGCAAUCAAGGAAUACGAGACCAACAAGUGGAAGGUCAUCGGACAGAAGGUCGGGAAGCCCGCAAAGGCAUGCGAGCAAUACGCGAAGGAGCAUUUCGGGAACAAGACUUAAAGUUCCCCUUCGUCAGACGCUAUAUAUACACACAUCUUGCCCACGCCCUCCAAAGUCACGCGCCCCCUUUUUCAUUCCCGGCGUGUCCAAAGGACCAUCCCGUUGUAAUCAACCGUUUUUUUCCUAUUUUGUUUUUGUCCUUUUCGACUUGGACCCCUCGAUUGACAAACACACGUCACUUCACGUCUACUCGGAAAUUGUUCUUCUCGGCGCCGGAAAUUUGGUUUUUUUCCAUUGUUCUAUUUUAUUUUUCUCGCCCCUUUUUUUCAUUGGUUUCUGAGGAACGAACGAUCAACAACACUUCGCAAAAAUUGGGGAGGAUGGGAUGGAAGGGAGGGAGGUCUUUUUGAUUUUUAACUUUUGUUUUCGUUUAUUUGCUUUUUUUCGUGUUGGCAGUUAGUUCUCGUUCAAUGGAUGGGAGGAAUGGAGGAAGGCAGGCGGAAUUGAUGGGGGCAUGGGGAUUCAUUAUGCUUUUGUUGAAACGAUUUGAGUUAGUUGGGUGGUUAGGGAUAGGCUGGGGGGGGAUGA